AUGCAUUCCAACGAGGAGACGUGGAGCCGGGACGCGGCCACGCUGUACGCCACGCCUCUGUCGUCGCGACGCCAGCGGCCGCAGUCGGACUGGCAGACGGCGCCUCUGGGCGGCUGGGACUCGACGCCGCCGCGGCGGCACCGCUCGCAGCUGACGCUGAGAACCACGUCGCCAGCGCCCGCCAGCGACGCCGGAUGGUCCCAGGAGGUGCGUCGCCCCUACCUUGGCUGGCGUUCUCUGGAGCGUCUCUCGCGCCGCCCCUGGACGCCCGAGGAGCGCCUCGCCGCCAGUCUGCUGGAGCGCAGCGGCCGCUCCACCCCCGCAUCCAGCAAAGAAGCAUCUGCCCCCAACAAGCAGAGCACCAGCACUCACCGGACCCAGACAUCUGAUGCCGACGCUUCGCGAGUAAGAACCGCCGCGUCAUCCCUCCGUAGCGAACCAGUGGAUACCUCGACGCCUCCAGCCACCAGUGGUCGCACAGAACAGACGACUGACAAUCACAGGCAGUCCAAAGAACUCUCUCCUUUGUCUAGACGCGUCACUACACUGACCGUAACAGUAAAUGAGCGUAAUCGGGACGCAGAGAUUCCCUCCUCGUCUGGAAGCAAAUCUGCCGAAUUCAGUGAUAUAUCUACUGGCAGUCUCGAACAGAGGCCAGCUGAGGAAGACUGUAGUCGGAAGCGGCACAUUGGGUAUGAAGAUUCUCAACAUUUGGAACAGGAUACACUGCCCAGUGUCAGUAAUUAUCCUGAAGUAAAAAGUCAAAAGAGUCCACAGUACAGAGGACUGCCUUUGUCCACGCAGAUCAAGACACUGCCUGUAAGGACAACUGAACCUGCUGAAGACUUGGCUCUUGCAUCACACAAUUACCCCUCCAAGGUCCAAGACCAACCCGAUGAUCUACAACAUUUCCCGUCAGCUGAAGGGGACACUGUCUCAAGAGGAAAGACACCCGAUCUUACAUCUCGGGAUAUGAGAGAAGAUAAAGGUACCACACUGAAGCAUCAAUACCAAAAUGGGCCAACACAGUUACCCACACAGCUCAAGGCGCUGUCUGUAACAACUCAUUACAAUAACGACGGCGACGAUUUGUCUGCCAAGACUAACGACAAGCAUUUUCCAGCUAGAGAUCUGUUGGCGAGAUCGUACGACACAGUGCCGCUUAACGCGAGUAACGUGCCAACGUCUGCCAAUACAACUUCGGCACCGGUCCCAGCCAGUGGGGAAGAUUACUAUCGUACUACAAAUCACGUGAAUUUGACAAAGUCACCAUUGCUGCGCGAGCGCACCUUCACCAUAGAUCAAAGUAUCGUUUCCGACAAUGGAGACUUCAGAACGAAACAGUUGCCGACAGUGGAGCUGCGCACACGGUCUCUUGAGGUUACUCUCCCACAAAGAGUGACAACUAAUGAUACUUCUCGGAAGGUGUCGAUUCAAGAACAGUUCUGGGUCGCUGAAGAUCAUACAUCGAGUGCAGUACAAGAGGAUCCGUCUCUCUUAAUUUUUCCGCUGGUUAAACAAACUGUGGCAACCGUACCAGCAGCACACAGCAGCUCGAUUACUUCCAGUAUCGUAAACAGGAAAUCUACGCCAACUUUCCCCACUUCUUCUCCCAUCAAAGCAUCACCAGGUGCUGCAGUUGACACUAAGACGUUACCGUAUCCAGUACAGCUUGAUUACGUCUCCAACACCAACUCUCCCUCUUCUUCUGGGGCAAAAACGUUCGAUGUCAACCAGCUGCGAUCUGUAGAGCUCCGAACUCGAUCUGUCGAGAUACCUUUGCCUCAGGUAACUUCUGUUAUUGCAGACCCAUCGGAUUCAGAUUUCUCGCCGUCUGCUGCCGCUAAGAAUACUUCAGUACCCAAUAUCCUGGAAGGUUCUUCCCUGUCAUCCGCGUUAGCAUUACAGUCGCUUGUUCGUUUCUUUGUUGUUUCAUCUACUAUACCUUUGCCUACACAUAGUGCUAUAAGCUUUAGAGCACGACUCGUUGUAAAUGCUGGUGCACACUUUGUCUAUUUUGCGCCGUCUUCAAGCAGUCCACAGGAGGAGAACGCAGUGUGCGUUUACACCCAGCGCCAGUUGAUGUAUCAAACGGUGAAAUGGACCAAACUUACAAAAAAGAAGCAACAGUCGAGUAAUUUUUAA